AGUCCCCCCCGUGAACAUGAGUGCUGUAAAGUACUUGAAACGUCGGGAAUAUAAAAUAAGUUAAUAUACGCGAUAAAAUCCGUAAAAUUAGUUUUAUUUAAAUGUGUAGUGUUCGCGUAAAUAUAAGAAAUCAUUAUGUGAACCAGUACGGACUGGUAAUUGCAAAUAAAAUUCGCCGAUUAGAAGAUCUCAUGACUAAGCGCGCAAGAUAUCUAACAGCAUUAAACUUUCUGAAGAGAUGUCGCGACAAUAAUAUCAUUCCUACGUGUGUCAAAAUAUCCACUAAAAAGGACAUUCGAGGAAGCGCUAAGAUCUUAAAUCAGGCAAGUAAAAAGUUGUUACGAACGGUAAUCCAACAAAAACGCUCCGAUCUACAUACCAUAAACAAAUCCAUAGACACAUCAUUCAGUGAGUUAAAGGCAGUUUUAACGACAUUUGAUUAUAAUGUUUGCAUCGAAAUGUUAAAUAAACGAGAAAUUAAUAAAUAUAACGAAUGCAAAAACAAACAUAUAGUAAAAUAUCAAAAAUUAACGACCAAAUUAAAUGUCAAACAUCUGAGUCAACGUGAGAACGAAACGCAACCAUUGACUACGAACGCGGAUCAUAGAUUAAGCGCGGUCUAUAAUCUGUCAAAACAAACUCUGGAUGAUGCAACAAUUAGAGUAUUGUCGAAAGGCCUAAAUUUUGCUUUAACACCUAAAAAAUUACCGUACGAAGAAAUUAUCUGUAGUGUCGAGGACUGUUUAUUUAAAAACAAUAUGCGAAAGGAAGAUUUGGAAGCGAUACGUCAAGACAUUUCGUCUAUGUUACGUCGAAGUUCAGCGCCAAAACCGAAUCUACCUAAAGACGAAUUUAAAGCGUUGAAUAACCUACGCAAUAAACGAGAACUCACGAUUCUCCGCGCAGAUAAGGGAAAUGCCACGGUAGUCAUGGAUACGUCGGAUUAUAAUUCUAAAAUACAAGAACUUUUGUCGGAUGCAAGUACUUAUAAAAAGGUUAAAAAUGACCCAACAAAUAACACACUCAAAACAACUAGUGAUCUCAUAAAGAAACACUCCGAAAGAUUAAAUCUAGACGUAAAAUCGAUAAUACCUACGUGUGCCAAACCACCGAAGUUGUAUGGGUUACCAAAAAUACACAAGCCCAAUGCUCCACUACGUCCUAUAGUGAGCCAAAUCGAUUCACCAACUUACAAAUUGGCUCAACACUUAGCGAAUAUACUCUCACCGCUCAAGGGACAUACAAGAGCACACACAAAGGAUUCCUACCAUUUUGUCAGCGAGAUUAAAGACCUACAUCUGGCAGACAAUGAAACUAUGGUCAGUUUUGAUGUGCAGUCUCUGUUCACAUGCUUACCUGUUGAAGACUGCAUCUCGAUUGUUACUAGAAGGCUAGAGCAAAACAACAUGCCCGUAGAAUAGGCAGUAUUACUUAGACACUGCCUUACAUCUGGCUACCUAUUGUGGAAGGAGGAGUUCUACAAGCAAGUAGAUGGAGUGGCGAUGGGCUCACCUGUAUCUCCCAUUGUUGCCGAUAUAUUCAUGGAGGACUUUGAGGAGAAAGCCCUGCGUACUUCUCCCGUAAAACCAAGAUUCUACAAGCGGUAUGUAGACGACACUUUCACAAUUCUCCCUUUAGAUAAAGUAACUGCAUUUCUAGACCAUCUUAACUCCUUAAAUUCUAAAAUUCAGUUCACAAUGGAGUUAGAGGCAAACAAUUCUUUAGCUUUUCUAGAUGUGUUAGUAAUUCGGAAUCCUGAUAACACCUUGAGCCACACUGUGUAUAGAAAAAAGACCCAUACAGAUAGAUAUUUAAACGGUGAUUCUCACCACCAUCCUUCACAGUUAGCUACCGUGGGUAAAUCUUUGUUUCAGAGAGCACGAGGGAUCUGUGACAGUAAACAUCUGGCCGCCGAGCUCCAACACGUCAAGCAAGUUUUGCACGACAAUAAGCUUCGGGUCCCGCGCCUACGUCACAGUGAACGAGUGAAGCCGGCCACAGUCGAGCGAGUGCCUGCUGUACUGCCAUAUGUCAGAGGUGUCACUGACAAGAUUGGCUACAUCUUGAAGCGUGCGUCCAUUAAAACAUAUUUCAAGCCGCCGAAGAAGAUUAGUCAGUUUUUACCAUCAGUCAAGUGUAAUAUUCCUCUGCAAGAUGCAGGAGUGUACAAGCUUGAUUGUGAAUGUGGUCUCUCUUAUAUAGGACAAACUAAAAGAUCUAUCAAAACCCGCGUUAAAGAACACAUAGCUGAUGUGAAGAAUAGACGCUCCGGGAAGUCUGCAGUCUGUGAACAUGUACAGGAUCGCCCCCGUCACUACAUUAGAUUUGAUAGACCACAAAUCCUCGCUAAAGAACACCGAUUCCUUCCAAGGAUGAUUCGCGAGGCUAUUGAAAUCAAGAAACAUCCUAAUUUCAAUAGAGAAGAUGGCUGGGUGCUACCAUCUGCUUGGGAUCCCAUAAUUAAUAAAAUUAAAUCCCAACCCAAGCAUACAACUGCAAGACUUCAUGAUACUUUGGAUGAGAAUGAGGGACCAAUAAUUGUCUGUUUCACCUGUCAUGCAAGACUCAUUCGUUGCAGAAGAUUACAACAACAGGCUAUUGAGUCAAAUGUGGUUCUGGAGCAGUUGCUUUCAGGAGGAUCCAUGUCAAUACCAAAACCGCAUAAGGUUAGAGGUGAGAUUAAAUUCACACCAAUUUAUCAUAUAGACAUCUGGCCUGUAGAGUGUGAUAUAGACAAUGAUUGCAAGGACGAAAUUUUUUGCCUUGAUGCCGUUAAAGUUGAGGAGGAGAUUUUCGAAUAUGAGAAUUCCAAAUUGGAAGUAAAUGAGAAUCAUGAAACAGAACCAUACAUCAUACCGACAAAUCAUUUUUCAAAAGCGUCUGAGAGCAAGAUUAAAUCAAAUUCUACUGAUUGUAACAUAAACGAUGUUCGUAAAGUAAACCUUGAUUUAGAAAGGACACAAGUUGAACAAACUCCAGUACCACAACUAACGGAAAUAUUUCAUUGUGAUAUUUGCGAAUUUAAAACAACUCAAAAAGGUCGCAUUUUGGCACAUCUUAAAGCGCAUGUUGCUGAACAAGUGUACUGUUGUAAUAAUUGUGAUUAUAAAAGUAUUAAAAAAGAUCGUUUGCAGAGACAUAUGAAAAUACAUACUGGAGAAAAACCUUUUUCAUGUAAUAUCUGUGAAUAUAAAUGUAUAGAAAAAAGUUAUUUGCAAAGGCAUAUGAAAAAACAUACUGGAGAAAAACCUUUUUCGUGUAAUAUCUGUGGAUAUAAAUGUAUUGAUAAAAGUAAUUUGUGGUAUCAUAUGAAAAUUCAUACUGCAGAAAAACCUUUUUCGUGUCAUAUCUGUAAAUAUCAAUGUAUUCAAAAAAGUCAAUUGCAAUCACAUAUGAAAAUACAUACUGGAGAAAAACCUUUUUCAUGUAAUAUCUGUGAAUAUAAAUGUAUUCAAAAAAGUGAUUUGCAAAAGCAUAUGAAAAUACAUACUGGAGAAAAACCUUUUUCGUGUCACAUCUGUAAAUAUCAAUGCAUUCGAAAAAGUCAUUUGCAAUCACAUAUGAAAAAACAUACUGGAGAAAAACCUUUUUCAUGUACUAUCUGUGAAUAUAAAUGUAUAGAGAAAAGUAGUUUGCAAAGGCAUAUGAAAAUACAUACUGGAGAAAAACCUUUUUCAUGUAAUAUCUGUGAAUAUAAAUGUAUUCAAAAAAGUUAUUUGCAAACACACAUGAAAAUACAUACUGGAGAAAAACCUUUUUCGUGUCAUAUCUGUAAAUAUCAAUGUAUUCGAAAAAUGGAUUUGCAAAGGCAUAUGAAAAUACAUACUGGAGAAAAACCUUUUUCAUGUAAUAUCUGUGAAUAUAAAUGUAUUCAAAAAAGUGAUUUGCAAAUGCAUAUGAAAAUACAUACUGGAGAAAAACCUUUUUCGUGUCACAUCUGUAAAUAUCAAUGCAUUCGAAAAAGUCAAUUGCAAUCACAUAUGAAAAUACAUACAGCAGAAAAACCUUUUUCAUGUAAUAUCUGUGAAUAUAAAUGUAUAGAGAAAAGUAGUUUGCAAAGGCAUAUGAAAACACACACUUGAGCAGAACCUUUUUUGUGAGAGAUCUGGUAAAAUAUGUGCAAUAUUAUGUAAACGUGUUUUAUAUAAAUAUAAAAGUAUACUAGAUAAAAAUCCAUUUGUCAUGAGUUCCUUAUGUAACUGUAGAACGAGUAGAAAAACCUUUCCGUGUCAUAUGUGCUAAUUGAAACUUCAUUUAUUCUGAAGAAGCUAAUUCAAAAACCAAAGAAGCAACCAAGUGAAAUCUAACCUUGAAAUAUGUACCGAGUGGUUAGUGGAAACAGACCGGACCUUCAUGUUUUUUUUUAAAAUUUUAUUUAAAUC